AUGGAAUACUUCAAAGCUCUACGGCCUGGUGGCAGCCGCGCGAGCGACGACAUCUUGAAGCAGAUUCACGGCUGGCAGGAGUUCGCCUUGGAGGAAGGCGUGCGAUUCGACGACCCGGAGGAGGCAUACUUCGUCGGGCACACGCAACACGCCUUCCGGGAUGCUUUUGCGCAGAACUGGAGCCACUUCCUCAAGGAGGAGCUAACGCGGCUUUGGCCGGCAACAGCUUCCCUCCGGUAUCAAGUGGAGCUAGAUGGGAGCACGAGCCCUGCUGCUCGAGCCGACUCCCUUCGACUGGCUGAAGCUGCCCGACAGCUGGCUCGCGAUGCGCUGGCGACCAUCGCCGGGGUGCUGCACGACUGCGGCGGCCGGGACCCGCCCAUGACUGGGGCAUUGCCGGAGAGCGGCAACACUGCGGCGUGGGUCGACUUGCAGUUGAAGGCCUCGCGCAACCUCCGAGCUCUUUUCGCGGGCCACGCUUCCUUGCCGGAGUCCUGCGCCACUGUCGCCGACCGCGAGGCCCGGACCGCACUGCUGGAGCUGAACCUCGAGGCCCUUGAGCACCUGGCGGGCGCCGACGGCGACGGCCACGGCAGGGUGGAUGAGUCUGCCGACCUCAAGCGCCGUGCACUGGAGAGGCUCUGGGAAGAGUAUCAGUUCGGCCCCCUGGUGGAGGAGGCGUAUCCCUGCGACCCCUGUGGUCUGCGGCUGGUCCAGCCAAGGUUCCUGGAGUUUCACAUCGGACGUGGUGGGGAGCUCUUAGAUCGCCGGGCCGAGCCCGACCGCACCGUGCUCCGAGCCCUGAGAGGGCUGCUAAGCCUGCAGCAGGCCCUGGCCCGGCCGGCGUCCAUGUCAACCAGUUCCAUGCAGGACGGCGACAGCUGGGGAGCUGAUGCGGCUUUCGUCGGCUGGCGCAGCGCCGUGUCCGACCUCGAGGAGGCCGUCUGGAAGGGAAUUGCCUUCCCCGAGCUCCACACGGCUGCAGGCCACCUACUGGCGGAGGUCGCAAGGUCUGGGCUGAUGCCGGACAUCUUUGCAGCCAUGAUGGAGCAUCCGCCCGUGGUUGGCAUGGGCGGCACCACCCUCCCCCAGGGCCGCGAGCCCUCGGAUGUGCAGCCGCCACGCAGCCCGCGCUUCCAGUCGAUGAGUAUCCCGGGCUACAACAUGAAGCCCGUGAACCGCUACGAGGAGCGCGCCCUGCGCAUGUGGGGGGAUGAGGAGAUCGAAGAGAACUGGGAUCCCGUCUCCGGGCUGGGGCUUUCGUACAUCGACCUGACCCCCGCCUGCGACUUGCCCCUCCAAGUCGCCAUGUGCUUCCUCAGCGCCGCCCUGUGGCUCUGGCGGGCUUUGGAGCUUUUGGGCGAGAACUGCGGAGGAGACGCUUGGCUGGACAUCUACAUCUUCGAGGACAUCUGGUCUGCCCCAGAGGCCGCCAAGCGCCUGGCCGUGCAAUACAGCCUCAAGCGCGCCAUUCUGGAGCUCGUGGACUACGCGGCCAACAUGGCGGACCACCAGCUGCUGCCCGGUGCGCGGCUGGCGGUCCAGCGCAGCGGCUACCUGCUCCUGCGGAAGGUCACCGCGCGCUUCGGCGUGGCCGAAGAUGGGCCGAAGGUCAUGGCCCAGCUCAAGCGUUACUUCGCUGCCGCACGGGUGAAUCCCCUUUGGUCUCCGCCUCUUCUCCCAGUCUCGGAUGCCGUCUUCAUAGACAUACUGUCAGGGAGGCUUCACGCAGCAUUUCUUGAGAAACUGCACUCCUUCACGCACGAGUCCGACUCAUCGGUUCUGCCCCAAGCUGUGCCAGAGUACACCCUCUAUGAAGCGGCGCUUCUGGGUGGAGGUGAGGUCAACCUCACCUACGCACGCUAUGAGCUGAUGGGGGCUCUGCUCCGUGACACGCACAACACGUGGUCGCAGGUUGAGUCCGUGCUUGCUGACGCGCCCUUCCACCAGGACGCCGCCGGCUUCGUGUCGGGCCAGCGCCCAAGGCCAAAGUGGGCUUCCCACGUUGCUGAGUUCUCGGCCGUGCGGGGCUUGCGCGUGGAUGCAAGCAGUGGCACAGCGAGUCUGUUGCUGGCACGGCCCGCGGCCAACGCGCCGGCACUGUUCUCGCUGGCCGACGUGGCAGCUGUACUCGGCCUCCAGGACACGGAGCCCAUGGCAGUCAUGCUCGACCCCCCGGCGCAGCCGGGGGCCGGCAUAGCGGAAUAUCCACAUCAUCCUUUUCAGCGUGUGACCGUAAGCCCUGGCGACGCCAGCCGCGUGGCCGAAUCUGCGCUCCUGCAUGCGGCAAUGGCAGUGCAGCAGCUGGCUUCUGGUACCGAGGUGGCUUUCCGGGCUCCUUUCCCUACACGAGACUGCGACCGCGGCCUGUGCAAGGCGCUCCCCAAGGUUCUGCGGUCGAAGCUCGCGCCCAUCUCGCACCUGCGCACCGAGGCGUGGGAUGUGCCCUCCAGGCUGGUCAUGGAGUGCCCGAGGAUACCGUACUGGCAGGUCCCGGCUGCCGGCAACACCCUGGACGUGAGGUUCGGAGAGCCCCGGCUGGAGGUCCACGCCGGUGAGCCCUUGCGCGAGCUGAACGAGGAGGAGUUUCGGAAGUGGCCGAUCAGCCGCCUGCAGUCCGCCCUCCGACGGGUUCAGGCGGAGCUGGUGGGGACCGACCCCCAGGACGAGCUCCCACCGUUGGAGAAGCAGGAGCUUGUCGACCGUCUUCUCCGCGCCGCCAAGCGCGGCAUCCUCGUGGAAGACGACGAGGAGUCCAAGGAUCCGUUGAUCCGCCUGUCUCGCCGGCUCACACACCAUUUUCCCGAGGUGGGUCAGCGAUGGCCGCACCUGGCACGAAUGGCGCCCUUCUGCGCGCUGCGCGCCGCCGGCCUCAUUGUUCGAAUGCAGCUGCAGCAGAUGAUGGAGUCUGUCAAGGAGCAGCAGGACGGGCUGCAGGAAGCGUCCAAGCAGCACGCCGAGGGUGUGCGGACCCAGCAACACCAGGGUUGGCGAGGAGUCCUUGCGGAAGUGCAUGCAGGUGUGUUGAAGCAGCUCGGCUUCGUGGAUCUGGACCCGGGCCGGUGCUUUGAAGGAAGGCAGCAGCAGACCUUUGCCAACUGCUGCAGCGUGGGGGACUUCGAGGAGCAAUGCUUCGGCGCCGCCUCGGACCUCUCGAAGGAGAAGGAGCGCUGCUGCGGGGGCGCCUCCCGGCGCGCUCUGAGCCCACAGCUUGUGGCCUCCGUGGCGGCCCAGCUGGGCAGUGCCUCUUCCAAGAAGCCCGCCUCCGAGGCCAUCGUUCCCGUGGUGGACGCCUGGUUGAAGGACCCCGCCGGCAAACUCCCAAGCGGCGAGACCUGCAGCAUGGCCCUUGUCCAUCUGCUCGCGGAGGACAUCACGGCGGAAGAUGUCCUCCACCACCAGGGCCAGCAGCUGAAGGCUCCGGCAGAGAAGCUGGCCAGGGACCUUGAGGCCAUGAAGGGUGCCCCGGGCGUUGUUUUCGGGCACCAGGGCGAGAGCUGGAUUCCUGUGCCGACGCUGGCUGCGUCCGGGGGCCGGCGCGCGCUCUACACCACCAUCGCCCUCUCGCCGCAGCUCCUUCCGCUGGAGCCCGACGAGGCCGAGGCCGCCGAGGCCAACGCGCGGCUCCGCACGCCGGGCGCUUGGGAGGAGGUGCGGCUCGAGGAAGCCUCCGAGUCGGCACUGCAGAAGCUGCUGGCCGAGGAGGCGGCCCACUUUGCGAAGUACAAGGCCUCCCCCACCCUGCGGGCACUACACGAGGCCGCCUCGCUCCUCAAGGAGCUGGAUCACCGGACCGAGGAGUUGGAGGGCGCUGCCAAGGAGGCCUUGAGGGACCCCGCCAAGGAGCAUGUGGCCGAGUGUUCGGUCGGCUGGCGCGAGCUGGGUGACGCAGAGAUCCGGCGUCUCACGCCCAAGAGCCGCCUCAGGCUCCGCCAGCGGGGUGGCGAGGACCCGAAUGGCCGGGAGGUCCAGCUGAGGGUCCAGCUCACCGUCACCGGCGAGCCAGGCAGCCAGGACACGGUCUGGGAAGUGAAGAUGCUGGACGGCAGCGAGCCCGAGGUGCAGUACUUCAACCUCCUUCGAUCGGACUUCGCGGUGGCAGAGCCCUGUGCUGGGCCAUGGCCGGACAUCAACGGCUCUGCGCCUGAUGCUCCGAUCGACGCCCUGAGCCAGGGGGACGUGCAGGCCUCUUCCAUGGGGGACGCCACGCACGCGGAGUGGCCCGCGUGUAUCGAAGUGGGCGUCUCCACCAGGUCCCUGGAUGGCUCCGGGCUCUUUGUGAAUCUGGAGACUUUGGGCAUCGAGCGCGGAUGCUUCCGGGAUGACUGCUCCCACUCCGACCACUUUGAGGCAAAUGCGCCGGCCGAGUGUGCAAAGGUUUGCCAGAAGAUUGGUGCUUGCCGCACAUGGACCUUCUGGGAAGCCACCCCAUCCACCUGUUGGCUGCGCGGCUCCGCGGCUGGUCAAGCGGGACGGGUCGACGCAGCCGGGGCCGUGUCCGGGUCCUCGCGGUGCGUGCCCGCCGUGGAUCCGGACGCGCAACAUCCGGCCGAGCCCACGCUCUUUGCGCUCAUCACUGGCAGCAGCGGCACCAUCCCUCCCAGCCUGUGGGAGGAGUGGGACUUGGUCGACACCCUCUCGGAGCUUGGUCACAUGACCCUUGCGGAGAUCCGACGGCUGCGGCCCUCACAGCGGCAGCGAAGCGCCCUGCGCAUCGCCUCCAAGGCCGCAGACCACAGUGGGUGGAGUCGGAAAUCCAUGGAGCUGCCGAAGUCCUAG